AACGCAUCUUCACAUUCAGAUUCAUCUCUGCGUUUUGGCCAUACCUUUCUCUCUCCCUCUCUUCCCUCUCAGUUUUUUUCCGCCGUAAUUACGAUUCAAUUUCCACAUUUCGUUUUCCGUCCAAGAGCGCACGGUUCGGAUUCUCCGAUUUCAAGCAACUGUAGAAGCAAUUGGAGUUCGAUUUUCCUUCGCGGAGCUCAUAAAUCUCACGAUCUGCGGCGGAUCGACGGAGAGGGAGAAGAAGAGAGGUGGAUAGAUGAUGUGGUGUAGAACGAUUGUGCUUCGCCGGAAGAGGAAGACCGGCGCCGUGCCGGUGUACCUGAAUGUGUAUGAUCUCACUCCGAUCAAUGGCUACGCUUACUGGUUCGGUCUCGGCGUCUAUCACUCCGGCGUCCAAGUUCAUGGGGUUGAAUAUGGGUUCGGCGCACAUGAGCAUUCUACCAGUGGAAUAUUUGAAGUAGAACCUAAGCAGUGCCCGGGAUUCACAUUCAGAAAAUCAAUACUUAUCGGGCGAACUGAUUUGGGCCCGAAAGAAGUCCGCACAUUCAUGGAGAAACUUGCCGAGGAGUAUGGUGGCAGCUCAUACAAUCUCAUCACGAAGAACUGCAACCAUUUCUGCAAUGAUGUAUGCACCAGAUUGACAGGGAAACAAAUUCCUAGAUGGGUUAAUCGCCUUGCUCGUUUAGGUUUUCUUUGCAAUUGCGUCCUCCCAGCUGGCCUGAACGAGACCAAAGUUCGACAAAUAAAGGCCGAAGACAGAGUUGGUGACAAGAAGAAGUUAAGAAGCCAUUCAAGUAGGUUUGUAAGUACUUCUGCCAAUACAAGCAACGCCACACCUCGUCCUACAAGGUCAGCUACAAGUAGUAGUAGUAGAAGACAGAGAACCCGAAAUUCUCCUUCCAUCUCUUUGAUUCGUUCUGCUUCUGCCUCUCCCUCUACUAUCAAGCUUUAGUCACCUCUUUCGUUCUUUGGACUUUAUGGGGAUUAACUCGCAUGUGAUGAUAAUAUUUAUGUGGGAUGAGUGGGAUGAAAUCACGUGAAUCAAUCAAAUGUAAGGUGACAUUUUUGUAAUAUUGUCACCUUAUGAAAUGGAUGGCUCGUGUGGUUUCGUUCUACUAAUUUCACCAAAAUAUCGUCGCAUUAGAGUCCAUCCCUAUAUUGAAGGAAAAAGAGUGGGAUGAAAGUCUUUAUGUUCUCCUACUUGUUAGGUUAAGUUAUCUUCACUUGUUUUUCCUCAAAUUGAAACAGAAAAGGCUGCUUCAAAAACAUUGCAGCAUUUCUUUCCCUGUAAAUUAGCUUUCUACUAAUUUUAUCAUUUUUUCUAGACUAAUGUGUGGAUUGCCUUUAAAAUGACACUCCCCAUUACUUUGUGUGGAUGGUGAGGUUUGGAGGUGUUUGAAUGGGCUACCAUCUUAAGAAGUUACUGAUUAUUCAUACGACUUAAAAUAUCUUCAAUCAAAUCCGUCGUUAAUGCAUUGUGAGUCUCUUCGAAUUUUUUGGCGGUUUCUUCGUUUAUUUUCUUCAUCGAUUUCUUUGUGCGUAGGCACUUCCUCGUCCGGGUUGUAAUGGCAAAUUGCAAACCCGUUAUUUUUAUGAUCAUAUUAUGAAAAAUAAUACACGCGUACAUGAUAUUCCUCAUUUUCGUAUGAGAAUAACACUUGGACAGACGAUUUAGAAUGUGUCACUUACCCUUUAACAACCUGAAGGCUCAUUUGAUAUAUUUUCUCGUCGCGUCAUGAGCUUUUUUGUAGGUCUGGCAUUUAAGACACAUUGGUUCAUAGAGGGACUUUACAAUCGUGGAAUAAUCUGGAUAUAUUCCAUCUGCAAGAUAAUAUCGAUGCUUGUAAAUUGUCUCUCUAAGCUCGAAAGACAAGUCUGGUGUAGUCUCAUUAAUCUAAUCGUCAUAAAUCUGAAAAUGAUUUCUAAAAUACUCUGGUGUGUAAACGCACGAAUUAUUGAAGUAGUCGUUGAGUAACAAAGCAUGUGCAACUGCCCGAUCACGGUUUAAACCCUCACGUCGGGUCGAGUGUCGGCGUUGGGAGAAUUCUUCUUCUUCUCAUUGGGCUUGUUGCCACCACUGAUAACAACCUGUUGCAAAACAACGAAAAAUGAGAGCUUUCUUUUCAUCUCCAGAUGAAGAUGAAUCCAUUUUUUUGAAUAUUUUGUUAAGAAAAUUAAAAAAUAAAAUAAAUUUUGGAGGAGGUA